GAAAGGAACACUGCGAAAAGUGUGGUUUGCCUGUUGUUGCACAACCGAUGUAAACAUUGCGGUAGGGAUCUGCUCGUCGGAAGAACCUGCCGUGCGCCGGAAGUGACCAACCGCAAUCUGCAUUCCAAUCAAUGAACUAAUGGAGCUGUACGUGUACCGCGGCGAGUGGGGCCUGCCCACGAUCGAUUACGACUGUGCCCGGGUUCUGGCCUACCUCAAGUUCAGCGAGGCCAAGGUGACGGUCAACUUCAACGGGAACCCGUUCAGCUCGCCGGACGGCAUGCUGCCGUACCUGGUGACCGACACGGGCCGGAAGAUCGCCGGCUACACCAAGAUCGUCGAACACCUGCAGUCGCGUGGCUGCGACGCGAACGCGCAGCUCGAAACGCAGAACUUCAUUGUGAUAAACGGUUGCAUUCAGUACGUGUUCGAGAACCUGUACCCGUACUUCCUGUACAGCCUGUGGGGCGACCCGAAGAACGUGGACACGACGCGGAUGCUGUACGCCAAGCGGAUCCCGAUUCCGUUCAACUUUUACUGCCCCCGGAAGUACGUGCUGAAGACGAACGAGCUGACCCGGUCGCUGGCCGGCUUCUGCCUGGAGGACUCGAUCGAGCUGCACGACGUGGCCGAUAUGCUUCUCAGCGCGAAAAAGUGCAUCAACUGGGUGGCGGAAAAGCUCGGCGACAACCAGUUCCUCUUCGGUGACACCCCGUCCGAGAUCGACGCCGUGCUGUACGGGUACUUUUCGGUGCUGUUGAAGCUAACGCUGCCGAACAACGCCCUCCAGAACCACCUGAAGCAGUGCACGAAGCUAGUCCGGUACGUGGACCGCAUCACGACGAUCUACUUCGCCAAGGAGGGCUUCCACAGCCCGGCGGCGUCGUCGUCGUCGACGUCUUCGUCUUCUAGCAAUGGCACGUCGUCCAAACCAAAGGAGGAGUCGAACGCAAAGCCAACGCAGCACGACGGUACGCAAAAGGACGAGGACACGCCGUACGAGCGGAAGAAGCGGUACGUGGUGAGUGGCAUCUUUGCCACGAUCGCCAUGGUCAGCUACGCGUUCAUGUCGGGGAUUUUGUCGCUUUCCGACGACCACGGUGGAGGUGGAUUCUUUCAGUACGACGAGCCGGAGUACGACGACGAGGAUUAACUUGGAGAAGCUAGAGGAAUUUUAAGAAUCGUAUGGAAAAUAUAUAUAGUAAACAAAAGUA